UCAUCUCUCUUUCUCUCUCUCACUCGCUCACUCACAGAUUGAUUUCUCCCUCCUUAGAAUCCCAAAAAAGAAUUAGUUUUUAGAGAGAGAAACUGUGUAUUUCUAGAUAGAGAAGGUUUAGUAACCCCAAAUAUCAAAAGUACGUCUCUCUUUCUCUCUCUCUCUACGCAAAACCCUCCGAUCUGUUUCUUUCUCUCUCAUUCUUUCAAGCUGCCCCUGGGGGGAGUGAAGGGAAGCGAGCAUGUCGUCCCUGAGCAGGGAGCUGGUGUUUUUGAUACUCCAAUUUUUGGAUGAAGAGAAAUUCAAGGAUACUGUUCAUAGGUUGGAGCAAGAAUCUGGAUUUUUCUUUAAUAUGAGACAUUUUGAAGAAAUGGUGACGAAUGGUGAUUGGGAUGAGGUGGAGAAGUAUUUAUCCGGGUUCACUAAGGUGGAUGACAACAGAUACUCCAUGAAAAUCUUUUUUGAGAUAAGAAAGCAGAAGUAUCUUGAAGCAUUGGAUAGGAAGGACCGUGCUAAAGCUGUUGAUAUUCUCGUGAAGGACUUAAAAGUCUUUUCGGCUUUUAAUGAAGACCUUUUUAAAGAAAUAACGCAACUUCUGACGCUUGAGAAUUUUAGGGAUAAUGAACAACUAUCUAAGUAUGGUGAUACUAAGUCUGCCAGGGGAAUAAUGCUUACCGAACUUAAGAAGUUGAUUGAAGCGAAUCCUUUAUUUCGUGAUAAGUUAACUUUUCCUACACUGAAGAACUCAAGGUUACGGACACUAAUUAACCAGAGCUUGAAUUGGCAGCAUCAACUUUGCAAGAAUCCGAAGCCUAAUCCUGAUAUAAAAACCCUUUUUGUUGACCAUUCUUGUGGGCCAUCACAGCCAAAUGGGGCACGUGCUCCAUCACCUGUGACUAAUCCACUAAUGGGAGCUGUUCCUAAGCCUGGUGCUUUCCCUCCUUUGGGUACUGCUCAUGGUCCAUUUCAGCCGACACCAGCACCUAUGCCUACAUCUAUUGCAGGAUGGAUGGCUAAUCCUUCACCUGUUCCGCAUCCUUCAGCGUCUGCAGGGCCAAUUGGUUUUAAUCCACCCAAUAAUCCAGCAGCUCUGCUUAAGCGUCCUAGGACUCCUCCUGCAAAUAAUCCAGCUAUGGACUAUCAAACUGCUGACUCUGACCAUGUAUUGAAGAGAUCAAGGCCUUUUGGAAUAUCAGAUGAGGCAAAUAACAUGCCUGUCAACAUCUUGCCAGUUGGAUUUAGUGGUCAGAGUCAUGGUCAGAGUUCAUACUCAUCAGAUGACUUGCCUAAGGCUGUUGUUCUGAGUUUAAAUCAAGGCUCAGCCGUCAAGAGCAUGGAUUUUCAUCCAGUGCAACAAAUUUUACUGCUUGUCGGAACAAACACAGGAGAGGUGAUGGUUUGGGAGCUAGCUAGUAGGGAGAGGCUUGCUCACAGAAGUUUCAAGGUGUGGGACCUAGGAGCUUGUUCAAUGGCUCUACAGACAUCUUUGGCAAGUGAUUACACUGCAUCAGUUAAUCGUGUCAUAUGGAGCCCUGAUGGCACUCUUUUUGGUGUUGCAUACUCGAAGCACAUUGUACACAUAUACUCCUACCAUGGAGCUGACGAUUUAAGAAAUCACCUUGAGAUUGAAGCGCAUGUUGGUAGUGUCAAUGAUCUGGCCUUCUCAUAUCCUAACAAACAACUUUGCGUUGUUACAUGUGGGGAGGAUAAGCUUAUUAAGGUUUGGGAUGCAGUUACUGGGAACAAGCAUUACACAUUUGAAGGCCAUGAAGCCCCUGUAUAUUCUAUAUGCCCACAUCACAAAGAAAGCAUUCAGUUCAUCUUCUCAACUGCAACUGAUGGAAAAAUAAAGGCUUGGUUGUACGAUAACAUAGGUUCAAGAGUUGAUUACGACGCACCGGGGCAUUCAUCCACGACUAUGGCAUACAGUGCUGAUGGAACAAGGUUGUUCUCUUGCGGGACUAACAAAGAAGGUGAGUCAUACCUUGUGGAGUGGAAUGAAAGUGAAGGUGCAGUAAAACGGACAUAUAUUGGUCUAGGGAAGCGAGCUUCUGGGAUUGUGCAAUUUGAUACUACCAAGAAUAGAUUCUUGGCUGCGGGUGAUGAGUUCAUCAUCAAAUUUUGGGAUAUGGAUAAUGUUAACUCAUUAACCAGCACUGAUGCAGAUGGUGGACUACCGGCUUCUCCUUGUAUUCGAUUCAAUAAGGAAGGAAUUUUGUUGGCCGUCUCAACAAAUGAGAAUGGCAUUAAAAUCCUGGCAAAUGGAGAUGGUCUUAAGCUACUUAGAAGUAUGGAAAAUCGUCCAUUUGAUGCUUCUAGGGUCCCCUCUGCUUCUAUCGUGAAGCCUCCGCCUUUGGGAACAUUUGCUGCUGGUAGUGCAGCUGUUGGGUCCAGUAUUGUGGAGAGAGUUGCUCCAAUUGCAGCCAUGGUUUCAAUGAAUGGUGACACUCGAAAUUUGGGUGAUGUGAAGCCCAGAAUAGCGGAUGAGUCUGCAGACAAAUCUAGAAUAUGGAAAAUGACGGAGAUCAAUGAACCAUCACAGUGUCGCUCUCUGAGGUUGCCAGAUAGUUUGACAGCAAUGAGGGUUUCAAGAUUGAUAUACACAAACUCAGGGCUUGCUAUAUUGGCAUUAGCUGCCAACGCUGUUCACAAACUCUGGAAGUGGCCAAGAAAUGACCGCAACCCAACUGGAAAGGCAACUGCUGGUGUUGUGCCACAACUAUGGCAACCUGCUAGUGGAAUAUUGAUGACCAAUGAUAUUAGUGACACAAAUCCUGAAGAUGCUGUUCCAUGCUUUGCUCUCUCGAAGAAUGACUCCUAUGUUAUGUCUGCUUCUGGAGGGAAAAUUUCUUUAUUUAAUAUGAUGACUUUUAAGACUAUGACAACCUUCAUGGCACCUCCACCUGCUGCAACAUUUUUGGCUUUCCACCCACAAGAUAACAAUAUUAUUGCUAUAGGCAUGGAGGACUCUUCCAUCCAAAUAUACAAUGUUCGGGUUGAUGAGGUCAAAACCAAGCUCAAAGGACAUCAGAAAAGAAUUACAGGCCUUGCUUUCUCAAAUGCUUUUAAUGUGCUGGUAUCUUCAGGAGCAGAUUCUCAGCUAUGUGUUUGGAGCACUGAUGCAUGGGAGAAGCAAACAAGUAAAUAUUUGCAGAUCCCAGCUGGGCGAGCUGCUGCCCCACUUGCUGAUACCCGUGUUCAAUUUCACCAAGAUCACACACAUUUACUAGCAGUCCACGAAACACAAAUAGCCAUAUAUGAGGCACCAAAACUGGAAUGCCUUAAGCAGUGGGUACCUCGAGAAGCAAGUGGCCCCAUCACACAUGCCACUUAUUCUUGCGAUAGUCAGUCAAUUUAUGUCAGUUUCGAAGAUGGAAGCGUAGGUGUUCUUACUGCUUCAAGUCUUCGAUUGAGAUGUCGAAUAAAUCCAGCUGCAUACCUGCCUACCAACCCGAAUUUACGGGUCCAUCCUCUGGUCAUUGCUGCUCACCCAUCUGAACCUAACCAGUUUGCACUGGGCCUAACAGACGGUGGAAUCCAUGUGUUUGAGCCAUUAGAAUCCGAGGGCAAGUGGGGAACCUUACCUCCAAUUGAAAACGGUACUGGGCCUAGUACUUCUGGAGCAGCUAGUUCAGAUCAACCACAGAGGUAGCAUCCAAUGAGCAUCACCAUUCGACAACUGUAUCUAUUGCAUUUUAGUGAUAUGCUGUGUUCCUUUUGGUUUUAUUCGCCAAGCAGGAGGAUCAACAUUAGAUAAGGUAGUUUGUAGGAUAUCACUCUUUGUUUUGUAGAUUAGUCAGGAAAAGCAGAAGCAAUUUCAUUCUAAUGCCAACAGUUUGUUGUUUAAUUCCCUUGCUUCCACCAGAUAGUAUUGAUCCAUGAUGUAAAUUAAGGUUUGUGAAGGAGAUUGGGAGGCUUAUGCUAAGGUAACAGUAAAUGAAUAAUGGGCUUAAUAGUUGAACUGCCCCCCCUCCCUC